AUGGGAUUCCUCCUGAGCUUUACUACCCUUCUAUCCCUUGCCAUUACCACCUACGCUGCACCCUAUGACCAACAAGUCCUGAAUAGACAGGGCAAUGGAGAUCCACGCGUAUUUCCAGAGGGAUCUCAUGGAGGGUUGUAUCUUUGUUCGGGAGCGGGAUUUGUCGGCCACUGCGAGUACUAUCGAACCGCCUUCGGGAGCUGUGUAACGAUCACUGACCAAUUCCCCUCUGGAAACGGCGGAGUCAAUGGUGUGAACGCAGCUGGUUCUGACAAAGGAAGCUGGUGUACCUUAUAUUCGCAAUCAAACUGUCAGGGAUCGGAGCUUCAAAUUCAUUAUCCCGGUUAUGAUGACCUACGGAAGAUGAGUUGGAGAGCUAAGACUCGCAGUUAUAACUGUGCCGCUGAGUGA